AUGGCAUUGCCGGGUGGUAUCGGUUCAGAUAGUGGUUCGGUUACGAGUAGUUCUGCAGUUGAGCUCCGUGAAAGGUCCCCUCCUCUGACUAGACGGGCUUUGUCGGGACCUCGCAGAACUCGUGAGCACUCAGAACCUUACCCGAAUCUAACCGCUCAAGCCUCAUACACGCAGAACAUCCUGAACGUAGGAGCGUCCCCACAAGAAGUCCUGGAUGCCCAACGUUUGGCUGCAGCCCAAGCAGCGCAGCAAGUGGCUGAUCAUGCUGAGCAGCUACAUGCUGUAAGGCUAGAGCAGGUAGAGAAUGAGGCUAGAGGUUUGGUUGAAGCCACCGCUGAGCAAAUGCGUGAGCAGUUGCAACAAUACGAACAUCGUUAUGAUGAGAUCCUUCAACAGGGUCGAAUCUUGGAAGAACAGCUAUCCGUAGCUAAGGCUGAGCUAAGCAAAGUCGAAGCUGAACUUCAGGUUGCUCGUGCAGGGUACCAAGAGCUUGAAGCCGCCCUAACCAGCUGCCGGGGUGAUAACAACUUGCUGAACUUCCAAAACACCCAGCUACGUGUUGAGUUGCAAGUCAAAGACCGUGAGAUUCAGAGACUUCGUCAGGCUGCUUUAAGCGCCACGAGUCCUGGGUCUUCACCUCCAAAGACUGCACCUCGCCAGCAAGAUGUGCCAUCUGCAAUUGCACCAAGUGCCUGUUCAGGUGGUUCUAGUUGGGUACAUAUCGGUUCGGAUGGGAACAAUAAUGGUGCACCUUCAUUGCCGCAAGUUGUCAAUGAGUCACCCCCUUGCCCUCCUGCAACCGUUACCGACCCUCGUGUUGAUCAGUUGAUUGAUGUCGUCCAGCAACUGCUUGCCCAAAGAGAUGGCACGGAUCAAGGAUGCAAUGAUGCAUCUCCUGUUCAUGAGAUCGAAGAGCCUGAGAGGCAAGAGAAGCACAUUGUUGACAACCGAGCUUUGUUGCAUCUCAAGCUUGAACCUGUUCCUUCCGACGCUGCUGGUUUCCGAGCCUGGAAAAACGCGUUGUUGGUCCAAAUUGCCAAGCUUGAUAUGUCAGGAGAAGGUUUGGUCGUUGAAUGGCUGUCUCAGUCUUUCACAGCUGAAAAAGAAGACCUUACUGAGUCUGGUUUUCUCCCUCGCCUUGACGCUUGGAUUGCUGGAGAGAUGACUUCCUUGCGUGUGUUGAAGCAAGUGACUGAGUUGGAGCAAGAGGUAAUUGCCUAUGUUGAGUUGUGCGGCCAAGCACGGUCCCAGCCGAAAGGUCGAUACAUGCUUGCCCUUCUUGCUCGUCAUUUCAGCAUCGACCGUGUUCGAGGUACUGUGCUGACUGCUUCGACGUUGUUCCAGGUUGAAAUCGGGGGAAACUCCAUGCGAGAUCUCCGAGACUUUGUGCAACGCGUAAGGACUGUUCUGUAUGCCAUACCUGUCGGACAGAGGCCAGAUGAUCGCCUCACUGGUGAAUGGCUUUUCCACCGGGUGAAGCAUAUUCGAAAGUUGGAACGCAUCAUCGAGGAUAUCAGAGAAUCUGCGCCAGAAUCCCGUCGUCGUGAGUGGGAUUACUUAUGGAACAAAAUACAAGAUAUCCUUGUUCAAGAGCGAGAAGAUGCAAACUCUCACUCAGUGAUGAAGUCUUUGCAAAUUGCCACUCCGCAGGCAAAGACAAAGGGAGUUCCUGCAGAGACUAAGGCCGCCGCUUCCAAGCCCAAGUCCCCAGGAGCUGUUGCAAAAGCAGUCGUGGCAAUGAUGGCUGCCUCAAGCAUGUGCAACAUUCCUGGGAGCAACGCUUUCAGCGUUGAAUGGGCUGCCGACACAGCUGCUGGUCGGCAUCUUGGAUCGGCGCGAGCGCUGGCAGACCAGGGAAUUCCGUCGGAGUCGUACAGGUCCUUUCUUGCGCACUCAGCGAGCCCUGUUACGUUCCACACAGGUGGUGGACCUCAGCCUGGCUCUCAGAGUUUGGGAUUUGCGUCCGACAAUAUGCCUCUCGCCAACCACUACAUGUUGGACAACUGUCCAGUUGUUCGGAGCACCGGUUUGGAUGUUGAAUCCGGGAAGGCCUUCAUAUGGUUACCUGGUUCCCUUCCUUUCUUCGUGCAUGACUUGUCUAAGCUUCGGAUUGAUUGCGCUGAGGAGGCCAGGUUUUAUGCAACGCGCAUAGAUGAGCAUGUGCCUAUUUUCACCAGCAAAGUUCAGUUUGUCCACGGCGUGGCUGCGUCAGCUGAUUCUCUUGAAAGGUCUGGUAAGGAAAGCCGAAAGCCUUCGACCCCCUUUGCCCAUGAUCCAGCUGAAGAGUAUGCCAAAGACCUCCUAACUAAGCGUGGUGAUAUUCAGCCCAAUCAAGUUCGUAAGAUCUUUGGACUUGUGAAGCGUGGUUCAGCACCCCGAGGGAUUGAGCCGAGCAAUGACUCGUCCUUUGCAGUUGGCUGCUUCCGUCGAGGUGGUGUGGUCGGUCUUUUGAAGUCUACGAAGGAGUACCCUUUCGUGACUCGUGCAUUGAACCAAUUUGCGCAGCGUAAAGCCCCUGGACAUGUUUACACCACCAUCAAUUUGCUGCGCAAUGUGUCCGCAGAUCCUCACAAGGAUUCCCGUAAUGCUGGGAUCGACAAUGUUGUCAUUUCGUUGGGGGGUUUUACCGGUGGUGGUGUUUGGGUUGAAGAUGCUGCAGGAAGAGACAAAUGUCCUUUUCCAAGCGUUUCGCAAAUUGGCAAGAUUUUGAGUUUCAAGAAAGGGGUUAUCCAGUUCUCUGCCAAAAAUCGACUACAUGCCACGCAACCUUGGACUGGUGAUCGGCUGGUGAUGAUCUUGUACGCAGCAAAAGAUCCAGCUUCUCUUGAGCUUGAUGUCUUAGAUGCUCUCAUAGGAGUUGGAUUUCCUUUGGACAGUCACCCGCUGGUUGAUGUCAUUCCAGCAGAGAUUGAGUCGUCCGAAGUGCCUUCCUCGUCGUCAGGGGGGCUGCCCAAAGAACAUCUUGUCGAGGCAAACCCUGAUGGUCCAGCUGCAUCUGCGCUUCCUGAAGGGGACAAGCCUUUAGAUGUGAGUUCGCCGGGAGUUCCCAUCGUGGACGAUGCCCAUGUCAGCGAUCGAGUUCGCAAAUUGAGAGAUGAAGCUGUGAGCGUGAAGCAUCGCUUAUUCCAUUUCCCAAAGAACCCGUUCUGCGAUGUGUGCAAUCGAUCCAAACUCUUAUCCCGCAGGGUGCGCCGCAAGCCUCGUGAUGAGGAUUCUGAGCCCGCGAUGCUUGAAGCUUCUGAGUUUGGAGAGGUUAUUGCAGCUGAUCACAUCCAUGUGUUCAAGUCACCUAGUGACUCCAAUGCUCCCGGAAGAGAGUAUGUGGUGUUGUGCCUUCGAGAUCGCUUCACAGGAUUGUUUGCUGCUUACCCUGCCACAGAUCGUUCAACUGAUUCCAUCUUGACAUGCCUCAAGCGUUUUGUUGGGAGGAAAGUGUGCAGCAAACCGGUAUCGCUGGUUUCUGAUGCAGCAGACGAAUUCAAGCUUGCUGCAGAAACCUUGGGCUGGUUACACAUGCCUUCAUUGCCGAACCGGUUUCCUCACAAUUCUCAACUUGAGCGUGAAAUUCGGUCUUUCCAAGAAGGGGUCAGGUCAUCUUUUCUUGAAGCAGGGUUUGCUGUCAGACCUGAGUUGUGGACAGUGGCUUGCCGCUACGGGUCAAUGGCGAUGAACCUUUCGCAUCCUGCUCCUCUCGAAUCUGAUCUCUCACGAUGGGACUUUGCAGUUGCGCACUUCGAUACCGAAGACGUCCCGCCUCGGGAAUUAAUCUUAGGCCAACUUGUUUUCUAUCGGGCACGAGCAGAUAGCAAGUUUGGUCCUAAUGCCAAGCCAGGGUUGUUUGCCGGAUGGAGAUUGGAGCCUGGGUUCUUGUAUAGGUCGGUUGUAUACGUGCUGGAUUUAGCCAAAGUUCGAUUCAAACUUGGUUCUUGGGAAGAGGUAAUAUCUGUUCCUGAAGCAGAACUGUAUGUGCGAUCUGGCGAUCCAGUGUUUCCCCUCAAAAACGCAGCCGAACACACGCUGCAACUUUGUGGAGGAGAAGACUUCGUAAUACCAGAUCCUCUUCCUCUGCCUUUCUCAGGCGACCAAGCCAACAUCAAGAAAAAGGCCCGAAGGAUCUACAUCACCUAUUCAAGAUUUCUGAAGCUUGGCCCUACUCCAGGUUGUACUGCCUGUGAAAGAGACCGUUCCGACCACAAUCCUGAAUGUGUUGCUCGUUUUGAAAAGGCGUUCGGUGACGAGGCCAAAACUUCGUCUCAACCUUUUGAGGAUCACGAGAAGCUCUUGUCUUUCGAGCAUCUUGGUUUGCCUGAUCUUCCGCCUGAGAUCGACCCAGCCGAUGAAGAAGCAGUUGAAGUGGAACUUGCUGCUUUGGGUAGGUCUACAGAAAGAGAUGCUGAAUCAGAGCUAGACUUCCUCAGGACGCCGGAAUACGAACCUUCCAUUCCCGAAGAUGAUGAAGCACUCCCCGGUGUUGGAGCUUUGCCUGCCUGUCGGCAUCAGAAGCCUGGUGCAUUGGUACUUUAUGAGUUUUGCUGCGCUCCGGAUUCCAUGAUUGGGCACCUUGGUCCAGAACUGGGUGUUCAAGUGGUUCGGUUGUGCCGUGAAAGCAUCAAUCUCGAGGAUCCCUUGGCCAUCGAUCAGCUCAUCCACCAAGUCAGUGCAACUCCUGGUUGCUGCAUCCAUGGAUCCCUUGAAUGUGGACCUUGGUCAGCGUGGUCCCGCAUGAACCUGGCCACUAAACCGGGGUACCUUGAAAAGCUUACCGCCGAAAGGGAGAAAUCCCGGAAGCUAUUGUUGCAAUUCAUCCGGGUUGCUGCGUUAGUCAUACUUCAGGGGGGUGAAGUAAGUUUCGAGUGGCCAAGAGACGCUGCUGGUUGGUCUUUGCCUGAGAUCAUUGCUUUUGUUGACCAGUUCAAUCUUCUCACCGUUGAGUUCCACGGAUGCGCUUUCGGACUUGUGUCUUCCAGAGGUGGCCCAAUGCUGAAGCCUUGGAAGAUAUUGACUAGUAGUAAGCGUUUGGCACAUGACUUUGCGGCUUAUCAGUGUUCACAUCCUAAGCACUUCAAGCACGAUACCGUUGAAGGUUCAGACUCAAGACGCUCAGCCUUUUACCCUGAGGCCAUGGCCAGGGCAAUUUUGGCAUCUUUGUUUCCUUAUGCGAAAGCAUUUGUUGCACCAGCGUUGCCAUGUGUGCCCACUUUUCCUCAACUUCACAGGGUUAAGGACGGUCGGCCGCCACUACCGCUCGAUCUCCUGAUGUUUGAGUCUGGUAUGCGCCACAUCCGAAUCCCUGGUUACGUCCAUCGGCUGUUGGAUAGAAGGGAAUGGACUUCCCAGCCUGCUGCGCUUGAAAAGGUCCAAGAAGAAAAGGAUGGUCUUUUGAAGGCAGGUACCUGGAUAGAAGAAGAGAUCAUGCCGAAGAGUGAGGUUCUUGCAUGGGCUCGCAGGACUUCCAAUGUGAUCCACUUCGGAAACUUGAUGGUCAUCAUGAGUGUGAAAGGCGCCGAACUAGAGCCUGAUUCUUGGAAGCUUAAGGCGCGUAUCGUCUUUCGUGGAGACGAUAUACGUGACCAGACUGGAAUGUCUGCUGUGUUCGAAGAACUCUUCGCGUCUGCCCCUUCUUCGCUUGAGGGACUGAACACGGUCAUUGGAUUCGGUCUUCUCGAAUCUCAUGGUGUGACAACUAGCGACGCCAUUAAGGCGUAUACACAAGCAGCCUUGAAGAGCAAAAACCGAACUUUCGUCCUCUUGCCACCAGAACUCGUCCCAGCUUCUAAGAGAGACGUAAUUCAGCCCUGUGCACCGCUCUACAAGGCCUUGUACGGACACCCUGAGUCAUCAGCGCAUUGGCAAAGGCAUUUGCAUGGCAUUCUCACUGGUCUUGGUGGAAUUGAAUUCCCCAACCUUCCUUCUGUGUAUUAUUUUCCCACAUUGGAUCUGAUCUUGUGCGUAUAUGUUGACGACCUCACAUUGAGCGGGAAGUUGUCGAAGCAUAAAGGUUUCUGGAGUUCCUUGUCGAAACAAGUUGACCUCGAGCCUUAUGCUCCUCUCACCAGAGUGCUUGGUCGCAGUCAUCGCCACGUCUUGUAUGACAAUCAACCAGCCCUUGCGUUGGAAACUGAAGACUUCGCCAAACAGUGUGUUGACUUGUAUGAAUCCUUGGUUGGUUCCGCUGUUAAGCACCAGAGGACCCCGCAUGUUGACCCAGGAGCUCUAUCACUAAGUGAUAAUGAUGCUCGGGGUUCUCUUGCUGACAGCGCCGCUCGCAUCCUGAUGAAGAUUCUGUGGCUUGCACGUUUGAAUCGCCCAGAUCUUAUGGUGGCCGUCACUACCCUCACGACCAAUGUCUGUCGUUGGUCAGUGAACGAUGAUAAAAGGGUUGCCAGGUUGGUGGGUUACAUUGCUGCGACGGUUCAAUACAACCCUGUGAUGUUUGUCCACGACCCAGCUUCAUCUUUGCACCUUGCCCUGUAUGUGGAUUCAGAUUUCGGCGGCUGUCCUGACACCGCGCGUUCCACAAGUGGGUAUAUCGUUGCCCUUGAAGGAAGCAACUCAUUUGCUCUUCUGUCAUGGUCCAGCAAGAGACAGAAAGUGGUCUCAAGGAGCUCUACCGAAGCAGAAUUCGUGUCCUUGAGCAGUGCGCUGUUCAAUGAUGCCUUGCCAUUACUUGAAGUUUGGCAAACCAUAAUCCCUGGCAUUAAGCUCUUGUGUCGUGAAGAUAAUGAGGCUUGCAUUGCCAUUGUCCGUAAAGGAUAUUCAGCUAAGCUGAGGCAUUUGUCCAAAACUCAUCGCAUCAACGUUUCAUCUACGUGCGAAGCUGUGAACGACAACGAUGAUGUUGAACUGGGCUAUGUCAACACUAAUGACCAGAAAGGUGAUCCUUUGACGAAGGCUCUUUCGGUCCAGAAGUGGGCUCAUGCGCUGAAGUUGCUCCACAUCUCCACUGAGCAUCUGCCAGAUGUUCCCAUCUAA